GAUUGCAGCUGUGCAGUCCGCGCCGAACGCGGGAGUGUCGCUGCGAGACUCUUUGAGUAUCCGUAGGCGCUUGGUCUCACACUCAAAGUUAAUCUAAACAACAUAAGUGCUUGAGCUUCUGUGUAAACAAACGGUCUUGCCGGGCCUGGGCGGGCUUCAUCUGUCGACCUGUUCAGCCUGCUCCUUUUCGCGGCGAUAUGGGCGCAACAAAGCACCUGGAGCGCUUGGCAAGGUUUGAAUCCGGUUGGCCGUAAGGGCGUGCGGAGACCGCUGUUGGGCAAGUAAGGGGCAGUCCCUCACCGCGCCGUUCCACGGGGAGCUGCGGGUGAGCCGCGGCGGGAUCGGCCAAACUCCUUCGCCCAGUCCUCAGGGGCAGCCAGAGUGUGCUACAACCUACAUAUCGUAAGCUCAGCUGCCGCCUUCCGCCGGCCGGGCAGCACCUGUGGCUGCGGAGCACGGACGAAGUGCCUGGGUAGUGGAUAGCUAAGCGGGAGCGGAAGGUGUGGUGGCCAACGCAGCUCGCAGCUGCCACUUGUCGAGGUCGAGACGGCUGUGAUGCGAAGCGGCAGCAACGGCGUCAACGCCGGAGGCGGUGGCGACGGCAGCCGCCGCGCCUCGGCAGUAGGAGACUCCAAGCCGGCGCCAUCAGGCGCGUGCCAUGCGUCCGCAUCAUCACCCAUCGCCACCGCCGCUGCCGCUGCCGCGGCAGCGACAGCGGCAGUAGCAGCAACGACAACAUCAGCGGAAAACACGACAACAAGUGACGUGGCUGCUGCUGCUGCCGAGGAGCAGACUGCGCGCCUGGUGGCGGCGCUGCCGGACCUGUCCUCGCUGGCGGGCGGCGGCGAGCACGACACGGCGGUACGACACCAGUUGUACGAAUUGUACACGAGCGCCUUCAUCGCGGGCAUCCACAGUGCCCAGAAGGGCCAGGACCAGGGCUCGGGUGCAGCGGCUUCGCCGGCGGCUGCGCCGCAGGCGGCGGCGCCGCCCACGCCGCUGCUGGCGGCGGCGCUGCGUGCGGCGGUGCUGGGCAGUAGCAGCGAGGUGCUGAUGCGGGCGCUGCGGGAGCGGCUGGAGUGGGGGCUGCUACUGCGGGACACAGGCACGUCGUGCCCUGGUGGCCUGGCGGCGAUCAAGCUGGUGGGGCUGAUGCUUCAGGCGGUGGCGGUUGCGGUGGAGCUGCCGGAGUGGGCGUGCGGCCAGCUGCUUCAGGCGCUGGCGGAGGGACUGACGCCGGGACCGCACGCGUCCAAGGAGCGCUGCAAGCUGUGCAUGUGGGUGCUGCAGACACAGGCGCUGCCGCCCGCGCGCCUGGGCCCUCUGGUGGAGCCCGUGCUGGCAGCCCUGGCCGACCACUGCCUCACAAUGCAGCCCCAACCGCAGCAGGCGCCACCAAGGCAGCAGCAGCAACAGCAGCAGCUGCACGGAGGGCAGGGCGGCAGCAGCAACGGCAGUAGCAACAGCGCCCGGGCCGGCCAGGCCCCCGCUGCUCCCUGGGCUGGCUCGGCGAUGGUGGUGCUGCAGGCGCUGCGGACGGUGCGCCACCUGCUGCGGCAGCUGCCGACACAGGCGGCAGCGGCGGCGGAGGGCUGGGCGCCGCGGGUGUGGUCGCUCAUGCUCGCGCUGCCGCCGCCACCCGCCCCGCCGCACGCGCCAGUGCAGCGCGGCGCGUAUCGGCAGGUUCGGGAGGAGGCGGUGGCGUUGACGGCGGCGCUGGCCGAAGUGAUGGACGCCGCUCGCGGCCGCGCACAUGCCGCCGCCGCCGUGCGCGCGAGGCGGGCCGCCGCGCGCGCCUGCGCGACAGCGGGGCCGGAGGAGGAGGCUGGGGAGGGCGAAGAGGGCGAGGGCGAGGUCGACAGCAAGGCUGCGGCUCGUGAGGCGGCGGCUGCGGAGCUGGUGGCGCGGCAGAUGGGGUCGCGGCUGGAGGCGGGCAUGGCGGCGGAGCUGGAGCAGCUGCUGUCGGCUGUGCACCGGCUGCCGCGCGCCACCCCGCCCUCCGCCGCCGCGCUGGAGGGCGCCCUGGCCGCGCUGGCGGCGUGGGGCCCGGCAGCGGCGGUGCUGGGCGGCGAGUUCCUGCGCAACGGCCGGCUGGGGCAGCGACUGCUGGACGCCGUCAAGCCCUGCUUCACCUGCCGCUGCACACCCGCACUGGCGGUGCAUGCCUUCGCGGCGUGGCGCCCGCUGUGCGCGCUGAUGCACCGGCUAGGCAGCCUGCCCACGCUGCUCACGCACGGGCCUGGCAGCGCCGGCCCGGGGCCGGACGGCGGGUACUGGGGCUGGGACUGCGCCAGUGGCGCCAAUGGCGGUGGCAGCGGCCUGACUGCCAGCGACCUGCUGCGGGCGCGACUGGUCAUGUCGCCUAUUGACUACGCGCUGAAGAAUGACAGGCGGCCCGAGGUGCGCCGCGCCGCUCUGGAGGCCUGGCUGCAGCUGGUGCCGCUGCUGGCUCAGCCCUUUGCCACGGCCCCGCGGCAGCACCCGCAGCAGCACCAGCACCAGCAGCCGGAGCCGGAGCCGGAGCCGGAGCCGCGACAGGGGUUAGCGGAAGCAGCAGGGGCAGGGGGUCGCGGCAUUGCCGAGGCGCCGUCCAGCCCGGGGGCCGCGGCGGGGGCUCAGGCUGGCGGCGUGCUGGGCGGCCUGGUGCCGGCGCUGUCAGCGGCGGUGGCCGCUCUGGAGGCCGCGCCGCUGCUGCCUCUGACGUCCUUGUUAGCAGGCGUCGCCCCGCCAGGCAGCGGCGCCGCUGGCGGCGCGGUGCAUGGCGGUGACGGCGGCGGCGGCGGUGGCGAUGGUGCUGCUGGUGGGGUGCUGGCGGGCUGCCGUACGCCCGGGCGCGCGUGCCAGGGCACCCCGAUGACUGCCCAGGCAUCAAGGGACGCAGCCGCCUCGCCGGCGCCAACGCCCGUCGCGGAGCCGCCGCCGGCAUCCGGCGACGCAGCCGUGGCCCCGCGCCGGCACCCGCAGCUCGGACUUGCCUGGUCCGGCCUGCUGCCAGACGUGUGGGCGGUGGUGCUCGCACCGGCGGCCAAACUGAUAAUGGAGCAGGCGGCGGCGGCGCUGACAGGCGGGGCCGGCGGCGGCGGCAAUGGUGGCGCCACCGCCGCAACGUCCUCCUCCGCGGCCUCGGCUCUCAGCUCGGAGGACAGGGCGGCUGCGGAGCUGCAGUCGAGACACAUGGAGUCGCUGCAAGCGGUCCUGCGCACGCUCCACGCCACCCUGUGUCCGCCCACGCUGCGGCAAACCCUGGAGCUGCUGGCAGCCGCCAUGGCCCCCGCACCCCAACGGCCCAAUCCCACAAGCAGCACAGUCACUGCGCAGCAGCAGCAGCAGCAGCUGCAGCCAGCUACUGCUACCACCGCGAGCUUCAGUGGCGCAGCCAGCACGGGCACCGGUGCUACAGCCGCCGCCGCCGCCCCAGCGCCGCCGCCCGCGCUUGAGGAAAUGGACGCAGCCGGCCUGGCCGCUGCCGCAGCUACAGCCGCUGCGACCGCAGCAGCAGCAGCGGCUGUAGGGGCGGUAGCAGCGAAGCCUGACGCCAACCGGGCGGGCGGCACAGGGCACGUGUCGGCGUCGUCUGGGCCGUCAGUGGGCCACGGCGGUGGCGGCGCAGCCGCAGCGGCGGCGGCGGCGGGUCCGGCGGCGCUGGUGGCGGCGGCCCCGGAGCUGUGGGCGAGCCUGCUGCGCCGGAGCUAUGCCUGCCUCCUCGCCGUCACAGCCGCAGAAACGGUACGACAGGCGGCGACGGCGGCGGCGACGGCACGGGCGGCAGUGGAGCUCCACGUCGCGACGGAUCCGGCCGGAGGAGGCAGGGCGCCGCUCGGCGCCUGCCUCACGGGCCUCGCGGCAGCAUGGCAGGCAUGGCGGCAGCUCGUGGCGGUGGUGCUGCCGCUGCUGGCGGUGGCGGCGCCGCCGUCACAAAAGGACGACUCAGCAGCCGUGGCGGCGGCGGUCGCAAGCGCUAAGGGUGGCCAUGGCGGCGGCGCCGUCAGCGGCAGCGGCGGCGGUGCCGGCGCCGGGCCGGCGGCGGCGUGGUCGUUGUGGCUGCAACUGAGCCGGGGGACGGCGGUACUGGCGGCGGCGGCGCCAGCCGCUGCGGAGGCCGACAGCCUCGCUACAGAGCGGCAGCGUUCCUUCCUUCGUGCGCUGCUGUGCCGGCAGGCAGGACCCGCGCUGGCGCUGCCGCUGGCUGCGCUGCUGCAGCUGCCGCCGGCUUCCGCCGCACUGGGCAGCAGCGCAGCCGCCCUCGAUGCCUUCAGCCCAGCUGCCGUGGCGGACGCCGCUGACGGCGGUGGCGUCACGGAGCCGGUGGCAAUGCAGCCGGGAGCCACCACGCCGCUCAAGGGCCUGGGGAAGGCGUUGGCGGCGGCGGCGACGGCGGCGGCGGCGGCGGCGGCGGCAGGCGGUGCGCAGCCACAGUCGCCACAGCCGCAGGUGAUGCAGGUGGUGGUGGAGACGUGGCUGGCUGUGGGCAGGUCCCUGGGACCACUGGAGCGGGCAGGGCCGGGGGAGGGGAGGCCGCUGCAGCCGGGGCAACAGCAGCAGCCUGGUCAGCAACAGGGGCCACAGCCCCGGGAGGGAGGUGUGAGAGGUGAGCGGGAGCCAGGGGUACAGGCCCAAGAGGACGCCUGGUGGUGGUGGCGCGGGCAGCUGCAGCCGCUGCUGCGCAGGGUCUGCAGCGCCGGCGGCGGCAGUGCUACUGCCGCUGCUGCUACUGCCAUGGCGGCCGUGUGCUGCCCGCUGCUACAGCGUCAGCUGGCGGCCGGUGGCGCGGGCGGAGCACGCGCUUCGCGGCGGCAUCAGCGCACCCCGCCGCCGUCACCGCGCCGCACCGCCACGCCGCCACCGUCGCCGCGCCUCGGAGCCUCAGGGCUACAGCCCAGCCUCUUCGGCCUCGCUGACUCUGCUACAGCCGCGUCCGCCGGCGCCGUGUCCACCAACCAAGGCGACGGGGUAUGCCCCUACGCGUUGGCGGUGUGGGAGGCGGGCGCGGGGCACUUAGCUGCUACAGCCACGCCCGGCGCCGGCGAGGGGGCUGGUGCUGGGGCCGAGGCGCCACCGGCAGUAGCAGCCGCGGAGCUGGUGCCGUGGGAGGGCGGCCAGGCGUCAAACCGGCGGCGCGAGGCGGCGGCUGCGGCGGUUGCGGCGUUACUGACGGCGCCGCUGGAGGCACUGCUUGCGCCGCCGCCGCCGCCACCGGGCCGUACGAGUACGGCUGCUACUGUUGCUGCUACGGCUGCUGCUACGGCUGCUGCUACGGCUGCUGCUACUGCCGAACAGAUGCUUCUGUCGUCGCCGCCACCGGGCAUGGCGGCGGCGCUGGCGGCGCGGUGGGAGGCUCUUCUGAUGGCGCUGCUGCAUUGCAGCCGCCGGGCGCAGCUGGGGGUGGCGGCGGCGCACGGCCGGGAGGCAGGGGGCCGCGGCGCAAGCACCAGGGCGGAUGCGGUGUUGUCGGCCGCCGCCGAGGUGGGCCAGCGCAUCAUCGCGCUGCUGGCGGCGCUGACGGCGGCACUGCGCGGCACCCGCACCAGCACCGGUGCCGGCACCGGCACCGGCCCUGGUGGCGGUGCUGCUGGUGGCGACGGCGUCGAGCCGGCUGCUUUCGGGCACUCACGCUGCAGCGAGCAGGGCGUGCCGGGGGACGCGUGGCAGGUGGCGGCGGCGGCGACCACGUGCCUUGCUCGCCAGCUGGCACGACUGGCCGAGGCCCCCAUGCCAGCCCCCGGCGUGACGGCGGCGGCGGCGGUAGCUGGCCUGCGGCGGGGCGGCUCGCUUACGCCGCGCGGCAGUGCCGGCACCCCUGGCGGCGGCGGCAGCGGCGGCACGACGCCGAGGGCUACAGCAACAGCUGCGGGUGCUGCCAGUGUGGCGCUGUCCGGUCAAAGGACGGGUGGCGGCGCCGCUGCCAGCGGCGGCGGUGCGUCCAUAGUGCCAGAGCUCCCGGCGGCGCUGCUGGCGGCGCUGAUGGCGGCGGCGACGGCUGCGGCGCGGCGCGUCGAUGCGCUGCAACCGUCCUGGUUCCGCAGCCCGGCGGCGGCGGCGCUCGCGGCGGCGCUGGAUGCCGUACCCGAGGCGUUGAUGCCGCUGGUGGCGCUGCCGUACGGCGCCGGCGCCGGCAGCCCGGUUGAUAGCGUCGUUAGUCGCGGCACGACCUCCAGUGGCGGCGGCGGCGGCGGGGAUGGCGGUAGCGGCAGCGGUGGAGCGGUGGCCGCGGCGGCGGCCGCGACGCUGACGGCGGCGCUGCAGUGCCUGGCGGAGCCUCUGUUGGACGUCGUCACGCACCUGCUGCCGGUGACGCGGCGUUGCGGCAGCAGCGGUGGCAGUAGCAGCGGCGGCGGCUGCGGCAACGGCGGCGCGCUGAGUGAGGUGCAUGUUGCGGGCGCGGUGACUGCCCUGCUGGCGCUGCUGAGCCGCCUGCGCCGCCGCCACGGACUGGACGUGACGGCGCAUGUGGACUCGCUGUCGCCGCUGCUGGCAGCAUGCCUCAGGUCCGCCAAGCAGCCAGCCACAGCAGCAACAGUGGCAGCGGGGUCAGUCGAAGCGGAGGCGCCACAGCCGCCGCCGGCAUGCCCUGCGACGCCGCCACCCGUGUUGGUGCCGGCCUGCCUGCUGGCGGUAGAGGCGCUGCUGCAGGGCCGCCCGCCGCCGCCGCACAAGCUGCCAGCCCCGCUGGCGGUGCACCUGGCGGCGGCGGCACUCGCCACACAGCAGCAGUCGUACGCCCUAGCUCAGACCUACCCAUGGGCCGCCGCCGCCGCUGCCGCCGCCGUAGCAAGGCCCACCGCCGCUAGAGCUCGUGGCGGCGCCGCCGCAGCCGCCGCCGACAUUCUGCUCCCAGCGCUGUUUGUGUUUGUGUGUGAUGACGGUGCGGCUGGCUCUCUGGCGGGCGACGGCAGCGCCAUUGGAGGCGGCGGCGGGGGCGCUGGCCCUCACGGCGCAUGCAUGCCGGAUCUGGUCAUGCCGCCGGCGGUGCAGUAUGCGUUGGAGGAGCUGAGCUGGCAGGGUGACUUCAUGCCGCCCGACAGCCAGAUAGAGGUGGGGUUGGGUGCGAUGGCGGCGGCGGCGGCCGCCGCAGCUGGCGGCCAUGGUGGCAGAGGAGCCGGCGCUGCCGGUGCUGUCGGUGCUGCCGGCGCGGCGCGCGGGUUGCUCGCCCGCAUGCAGCAGCAGGAGCGGCAGCGGCGGGAGGACGAGGCGCGUGCAAGGGAGGCAGCGGCGGCGGAGGCGGCGAGGCGCACGGCGGCGCUGGAGGUGGUUGGCGCAACCGCCGGCGGCGCCGCGGCCGGCUCCAAGCGGCCGCUUUUCAGUGUGGACGCCUCACAGAGCGAGUUUGUCCGCAUCACACGGGCGACUGCGGCUGCGGCGGCGGCGCCAGCUGGACCAGUGGAGGCCCCAGCGGCGGCGGCGGCGGCUGCGGCUGCAGGGGCGUCAGGGGCGGCGGCGGUUGGGGCGGCGGCCAUGGAAUCGGUGGAGUGCUCGCCGCCACGGGCGAAGAAGCGGCGGCACGUGUUCACCAACUCGCGACUGGAUGCGUCUCAGGCCGUGCACGUGGGCCUCAUCGGCGCCGGCAGCGAGAGCCAGGAGGACGAGCGAGCGCCGCCGCCGCCGCCUGAAACGCACCAACCGCGGCAACUGCACCCGCCAACCCCGGCCGCAGCGGUUGGUGCCGCCGCCCCGAUUGCUGGCACUGCCACGGAGGCGGCGACGGGGGCGGCGGCGGCGGCGGCGGCGGCGGCCCGAGGAGCAAUGGACGUGGACGCGGACGCCGGGGCUGGUGCUAGUGCCGGGGCUGCGGCAACCGCUGGAGUGGCUGUCGGCCAGGUGGUGGACCUGACAGCCUCCGAGCCGCCGUCACCCGCGCCGGGUGGCCCUGACGACCGGCUGCAGCAGGGGCAGCAGCUGGAGCGCCCCGUGAGGCGCUACAGCGCAGCCGAGGCCGGCCCGCUGCCGGAAGCCGACAUGGAGGCCCUGCCGCCGCAGCUACAGCCACAGCAGCAGCUGCAGCAACCGGUGCCGCUGGCGCCACGUGAUACGAACGCGGUCAUCGGCAGCCCCGGCAGUGCGGCUGCGGCUGCCGAGGCCGCCGCCGCUGCCGCGCGCCGCCAGCGGCAGCGGUCCAGCGAGAAGGGCAACGGUGCUUCACAGGACUCACGAGAGGACAAAGUAGCGGCGUCUAGGGACGCAGGCGAUGGCGGCGGUGUCGGCGGCGCUGAUGCACAUGGCAACGUUGAUGGGCACGGUGUCGGCCUGGACUGGGUGCCUGACUCGCUGGACCCCCAGGACGGCCUGGACGCCCCUCCGCACCCCAACCCGCACCCUAACCCGCACCCUAGUAACCCGCAGCAGCAGGCCGCAGCCACGGCCGCAGCCGCGCUGUCCGCGGCGGUCGCGGCGGCGGCCGGCGGCGGCUUCGACGGCGCCUCCCAAUUGGAGAUGGAGGAGGUGGACGAGGCGGAGGAGGCGGAGCUGGGGCGGGCGCGGCCAGGCAGGGGCGGCAGGAGCCGUCGGCCGGCGGUGCUGGCCGGCGCCGCGGCGGGCGGCCCAGUGGCAGCGGCUGUGUCCGUCGCGGCGGUUGAUGGCGUGGAUGAAUUGGAGGUGGACACGACGCAGGGCCCCGCGGCACCGGCAGGGCGGCGGCCAGCCGCCCGCGGCCCGGCACAGGCGCAGGCGGAGCAGGCGCCAAAGCGUCGGGGGUCGGCUGUGAACUCGGAAGCGGACGGCGCCGAGGGCAAGGAGCCGGCAGCAGCGGCGGCGGCGGCGCUGAAGCGCCGGCGUCUGCCGCAUGUUGGGGCGGAUGGCGCUGACACCGCCCCGGCAGCAGCAGCAGCAGCAGCAGCAGCAGCAGUGGCAGCCGGCUGCAGCCGCCAGCAUGAGGAGGUGGAUCGGCCACCCACGCCCUGUGUGGGGGAGGGCCUGAUGGGGACGCCGGCAGAGGCAGCGGCGGACGCGGCCGCCGGCGCUGACACCGCCAUGCUAGAUGACGCAGCCGCUGGUGCUGGCGCUGGUGCUGGCGCUGGUGCUGACGCUGGUGCUGGUGCUGAUGCUGCAGCCGCUGACGCGUCAGUGGCAGCGGCUGCGCUUGACGCCACGUGUGCCGUGGGCCCUGCAGGUGCUGCUGCUGUGCGUGCGCCGGCCGGCGCUGCUGACACGGCAGCCCACGCCGCAGCCGCCGCAACGGGCGGUGCAGCCGGGUCAGCGGCCGGGCAAGCGGCAGGCAGUGUGCCAGUGGCCGGGGAUGCCGCCGCAGCCGCAGCAAGUGCUGGAGCAGCCUUUCGUCACCUGUGGCCGUUGAUGACCCGCCUGCAUGCGGAGAUGCGGGCGGCGGGCCCAGACGGCGUGGCGGCGGCGGCGCUUGAGGCCGUGCGGUGUAGCCAUGGGGGUGGCGAUGCAGGCGCUGGGACAUUGGUGGGGGCAGCCGGCGCAGCAAGCGCGGCGGGAGGACCGGCAGGGGCCGCGGAGGCGGCCCGGGGCGGCCCAGGGCCUGACGCGCGGGAGCGGAUUUGUGUGGCUUCGGGACAGAUGCUGCUGCUGUGGGGCGAGAUGUGGCAGAUGGUGGGGGCGGGCAUGGUGAGGCUGUCGCAACGGUGAAGUGGCUUUUACUGCAGUUGAGGGCGCCGGGAACGGUGGAGUAGGGGGAUAGAAGAGUCAAACCGAAAGUGCACUGGACUGCAUUGCAAGCUGGCAGGGAGGGGCGGAUGCAUGAGCAUGGGAUAGGACCGGCCGUGUGCUGGGUCGACAUCAGGGUGGAGGAAGGGACGAGACUCCGAGGCGGUUGAGUUGUGCACACAGAAAGGUUUCCUUAGCGACUGAAGAGCCAGGUGGCAACCACAGGUUUACUCACGACCCAACACUAAGCACUGCCAAAUCACAAACCGGGGCGAUUGAAUGGCCCAUUGUGGCACGUUGUGGCCUGUGGCAUGGGGCUGCA